GAGCCCCAGCCCAGCCGCGCCCCGGCAGCCGCUGCUCGAGGCCAGGGAUGGAGAUCCCCCCGACCCACUUCCCCGCAGCCCGGGCGGCCUCGGUGGCGGAGAACUGCAUCAACUACCAGCAGGGCACCCCGCACAAGGUGUUCCUGGUUCAGACGGUCACGCAGGCCAGCCUGGAGGACAUUCCAGGAAGUGGACAUAAGUACCACCUGAAAUUUUCCGUGGAAGAAAUCAUCCAGAAACAAAUUACUGUGAACUGCCGAGCACAAGUACUCUACCCAACAGCUGGACAAAGCACUGCACCAGAAGUGGACUUCACGUUUGAGGGGGAGAUUGGGAAGAACCCAGAUGAGGAAGACAAUAAAUUUUAUGAGCAACUCAAAUCCAUGAAGGAACCACUGGAAGCAAAGAAUAUUCCAGACAGUUUUGGGAACGUCUCUCCAGAAAUGAAACCAGUCCGACACCUAGCUUGGGUGGCCUGUGGUUACAUAAUAUGGCAGAAUUCCACCGAAGACACAUGGUAUAAAAUGGCAAAAAUACAAACUGUCAAGCAAGUGAAAAGAAACGAUGAUUUUAUUGAAUUAGACUAUACCAUCCUACUUCAUGACAUUGCAUCUCAGGAAAUGAUUCCUUGGCAAAUGCAAGUCCUCUGGCAUCCCCAGUAUGGAGUUAAAGUGAAACACAACAGCCGUCAACCCAAGCAGGCCCAACCGGAAUAAGCAGCAACAUGCAGUCACCAACGUACCUGCUCGUGCCAUUCAUCCAUCCACCUUUAGCUUGGGAACCAAACCCUUCCCAAGACAGUGACGUAUCAGUGUCCAGCCCGCAGUGUACUACUGUGCAGACUCCAUAAUAAACACUUCAAUUCAUGUCUAACUAGA